CAGAAAACGCCCGUAUAUGUUCAUGUUUCUACUACUAUCAUCACCUGUCGAGCGAAGUAUAUAUAUGCAUUACCAUAUACACAUUCUACCCCUCGACGUACAAAUAUUUAAGAGCACGACUCCUUUUAUUUGAGUAUCACUUAUGGAAAAUUCAAACGACACACAAAACGAGCGUUCUGAAAUAACGGACAUUUCUGGACGCAGUUCUUACUCUAGUGUCUUAGGAGACGACAAAUGUGACACGACAACCAUAAAAAACCUUGUCAUAGCAAUAAGCAAUAAUAAAUUCGAAAAAAAAAAGUCAUUGAACUCGCUAACUAAACUUCCACUUACACCAGGACUUUGCAGAAUUUGUCUACAGCCGGAUUCCGAGUAUAUAAAUAAGUGUAUUUCUCCUUGUUUAUGUUAUGGCUCAAUGUCUAAAGUUCAUAAAUCCUGUUUGGAGAAAUGGUUAGCUUACUCUAAUUCCGAUUCGUGCGAAAUAUGCUUUUACCAGUUUGAAAUCAAACGAGUAGCAACAUAUUCAUUAUUAGGAUCUAUUAAAGAGUGGUUUAAUGAUUCAGAGACGGAAGACGAAGCAAAUGAAUUCUUAUACGAAGCAUGUUAUUUUAUUAUCAUUACUCCAAUUCUUACACUCGUUACAUGUGCAGGAGUAUUAAUAAAUGGAAUAAUAUUUGAUGAAACUCGAGAGCCAGCGUACUAUGAUAGCUCUACAAAUCGAUUUUUAUCAUUCGUGUCUUUGUCAUUAAUAUUGACUGGAAAUUUCAUCUAUGGUUGUUGGGCAUCAAUAAGACUACAGCAUCAUUUCAAUCAGUGGUAUGAUUUUUACAAGCGUUGUCGACAAGUCAUAUUACUCGAAAAACCAUACACAAAUUAAUACAAAUUAAAAAUUAAAUUUUACCACUGUAAUUUAUUCAUAUUAAGUGUGCUUAAUAUUUUAAUAAAUUAUUUUAAAAAUUGUAUAAAAUAUUUGUAGAAAAUAAUAUUAUUUUAUUAUAUUUUUAAAUAUAAAGUAACUACAUUUCAUUACUUUAGCUGUAAGAUUAUCAAGAGCUAAUAGUUCCAAAUAAAUAUAGAUUGCCAAGUGAUUAUCGAUUCCUUGUCUAAUUUUUCCUCAACUUGAACAAAAAACUUUUUCCACAUUCCCCCUGAUAAUAUGACAGGGUUGAACUAAGCUUUAAGAAAAUUAUAUCACAAUAGAGAUUAAGUACGUUUUUUUUUCUAACGCUUUUUUAUCAAUAGUAUCAUAUUUUUCUAUUUAAAAUAUAUACACAAACAAUUUGAUUUAA